AUGACGCUCUGGACGCUCACCCAGAGCGCGCUCCUGAGCGUGAACGCGGUCGCCGUGCUCAAUGAACGACGAUUCUUGGCGAAGCGAGGAUUGACGAUGGAAUCCAUCCGAGACGGGUCCACGAGCGCGACGAGCGCGCGAGGGCAGAUCAUCGGCGUGAUCAACGCCGCGUCCUACCUCAGAGUGCCCCUGAUCGCGCUGAACGCGAUCGUGAUCUUCGUCAAGGUGGUGUUCGGGUGA